AUGGCGCGCGUUUCAAAGGAUAAUGUUCGCCUCAUCGUCAUUGUGACCGGCGCAAACGCGGGUAUCGGAUUUGGAUUGUGCCACCGCCUACUCGUCCAGCUGUCACAAGUGAAUCCUCCAGAUUCACGACCAUUGUUUGCACCAUCAACGCCCUACACGAAAGUGAACGAAUCCGUUUUUGCGAGCAGCCCAUCCCCGCCUCGACUCACACUCAUACUCGCAUGCCGUGACACGACCCGUGCGGAGAAUGCUAGAGCGGCGCUCUACGGGCUCCUGGAUACCUACAUCGCUCAGAUACCGCGGCCCUCGGAGGACAGCGUCUACGCGUCCGAGUUUCGGAAGAAUCUCCAGCUGAAUAUUCACCGUGUCGACUUGAGUAACACGCAAAGUAUCCUGCGGUUCGGGAGGGAGAUAUCACAAAAGUAUCCAUAUAUUUCGCAUUUAAUCUGUAACGCCGGCGUAUCAACUUACAGCCAUAUUGACUAUAUCGUAUUCGCUCGACAGUGCCUCGAGUCAUUUCUUGACGCUGUGCUGCAUCCAACGUACAACGUGCAGAAAAUCGGUGUCAUGAGCGGGGACAAUCUUGGCUUCGUCUGGCAGUGCAACAUUUUUGGGCACUAUGUCAUGUUCCGCCAGCUCCAGUCGUUACUAGCCAAGUACAAGACCAUUAGUAAAUGCUCGUCCCGCACCAUAUGGAUGUCUUCCGUCGACGCACUGCCGCUAUAUGAACCCACUGAUGACUGGCAGCUCACUAAGACUAGCGCCUCGUAUCAAGCGUCGAAGUCCCAAACUGAUCUUAUGACAAUGGCCCUCGCACAACCAUGUGGAACGGAGUGCAACGGGCAUGAAGCCACGAUAGAACACUUACUCGUAACACCUGGAAUUACGCCGACAAAUAUAGCUGCCGAAUUGCUGCGGUCAUAUAUUCUCGAGCUGCUCAUGCUGCUAUUCUUUUAUAUUUGUCGUUGGAUCGGCUCGCCUCAUAUUCUGUUCUCCACGUAUAAGGCUGCCGUUGCGGCCUCACACGCUGCGCUCGCCCCGCUCUCCCACCUUCCGCGUUUCGUUCAUGACGAUAGCGCCGUAGCAUUCCCGAAAUUCAGCGCGCAGACCGACCGGUGGGGGAACGAGAGUGUCGGAAUCAUUCCUGUACGCCAGUGGCAGGAACACCCCGAUGAGGGUAACAAUCUCAUCGAGCGAUGCGAGCGAUUAUACCAAACGUUUCUGAAGGCGGAGAUACAGAAGGAGUAUUGA